AUGACCAAAAUCAAAGUAAAGACUCCCGUUGUGGAGAUGGAUGGUGACGAAAUGACCAGAAUCAUCUGGGAUCUUAUCAAGAAGCAGUUGAUUCUCCCCUUCUUGGACAUUGAUCUCAAAUAUUAUGAUCUUGGUAUCGAGUAUAGAGAUUCAACUUCUGAUCACGUGACCAUGGAAUCGGCCUUGGCAACGCAAAAAUACGGGGUAGCCGUCAAAUGUGCCACGAUCACGCCGGACGAGGCUCGUGUUGAGGAGUUUGGUCUGAAGAAGAUGUGGCUGUCGCCUAACGGUACCAUUAGAAACGUUCUUGGUGGAACUGUUUUUAGAGAGCCAAUUAUUAUUGACAAUAUUCCUCGUAUUAUUCCUCAUUGGGAUAAAGCAAUCAUUAUUGGAAGACAUGCUUUUGGAGACCAGUACAAGUGUGAGAACAUCGUCACUCCAGAAUGUGGCGGUGAGCUGAAGAUCGUGUUCACUCCGAAGGAUGGCUCCCCGACCAUCGAGGUUCCGGUGUACAAUUACGAAGGUAAAGGCUGUGCCUUGGCCAUGUAUAAUACGGAAGAGUCUAUCAAAGGAUUUGCAGUUGCCUCAUUCCAGUUGGCAAUCGACCGCAAGCUCCCGCUUUACAUGUCUACCAAAAAUACAAUUUUGAAGCAAUACGAUGGGCUCUUCAAAGACACAUUCCAGAGAAUUUACGAGGCCGACUACAAGGAUAAGUUUGAGAAGUUAGGAAUCUGGUACGAACACCGGCUCAUCGAUGAUAUGGUUGCACAGAUGGUUAAAUCCAAAGGAGGUUUCAUCAUUGCUAUGAAGAACUACGAUGGAGACGUUGAGUCCGACAUUGUGGCUCAAGGGUUUGGCUCUUUGGGUCUGAUGACCUCAGUUCUGGUUUCUGCAGAUGGUAAGUCUUUUGAAUCUGAGGCAGCCCAUGGAACAGUCACCAGACACUUCAGACAGCACCAGCAAGGAAAGGAAACUUCUACAAACUCGAUUGCCUCUAUUUUUGCUUGGACUAGAGGUCUCAGUAAAAGAGGAGAGCUGGAUGGAACGCCAGAAGUUACCGACUUUGCCAAUACAUUAGAAAAGGCCACUAUCGAAACUGUGAAAGGCGGCAUCAUGACAAAGGACCUUGCACUAGCCAGAGGCGAGACUGCUCGGUCCUCCUACGUCACCACCGAGGAAUUCAUUGAUGCGGUUGCAAACAAUCUGCAAAAACUGUUGGUCACGUGA